GUCAUCAUCACUCAGAAUUAUAAAUUAUUUUUUUGGUGGCAGUUUAUACUGUGUGAAAGAAGGAAAAAAUAAAGCCGAGCUUUUGGUGCAACUAAGUUCUCGCGGAGUUACUUUAAUUAAACGAAAAUAGAGAUACUAUGUCGUUGCAGACAAUGCAAAUCAAGGAGGAGAACCCCGAGUCUGCUGGCUCGCCACCUGAUUUUUUUUUGGAAAGUUUCCUUGGGGAACCAGGUGUCAUCAAUGACGAAAUAAUUGAUCAGGAAGCUAAUGUUGCAGGUACUUUUGAUGUUAAUGAGCCAGAUUCUAAUGAACCUUCUGAUGAACCAUCUGAAGAAUUUUCUAAUGAAACUUGUGAUGAACCUUCUGAGAAUCCGGCUUUAGAAUAUUCUAAUGAUCCCAAAAAAUCACCCGAUCCUGUUGUUGAUUCAACUGAGGAGAGUGGAGAACAAGGUAGCAGGGCUCUAGAUUCUUCUGAUGCUGAUGAGCCAGUUUCUGAUGAGCCAACUUCUGCUGAGCCUUCUGAUGAAUCUUCUGAAGAAGUUACUGCAGCUGUAGAGUCUUCUGGUGAUCCAGUUCUAUUAUCUGAUCCAGUUGCUGAGUCAACCAAGGAAAGUGGAGAGAAAGGUGGCACUCCGUUGCAACCAACAUCAAAGAAUCGCAAGAAAUCAGUGGAACCCAAUAAGAAGAGUCUGCAGAACCGCAUGUUGCUUAAGACCUUGAUUCCGAAGGACGCCUCGUCGGUCCUCAAUGAGUUAAACGGCGUAGUCAUAAGCAACAUCUCAAUAAAGCGCAAUCGGGACGAUGGAUUCACGGCCCAUGUCAGCGUGAACUCGAAGAUGUUCCAGGGAAAGGGUAAAUCAAAAUCCGAAGCGAAAAACGCAGCAUGUGAGCAGGCUUUGCCAGACAUUUUCAUUGAGAAGAUGACCACCAAGAUCUCCGACGAGAAGGAAAAGGAUUUAGAAGCCGAAGAUUUCCCAAUGAUGACGUUAGCCUCGUUUGCCUUACAUAAACUUUUUGAAAGCUGGAAGCUUGAUGGUGCCAAAAUGCGUAACAUGAGUGCUGACCUUUUGGAUGAAGAAGAGGAUGCUCCACAAUGCGCUUUUCAGCUAAAAAAGCACUUAGCACGCGCAAACUUGCCCAACGACUGGAAGACUAUGCAUCCUGGCAUGGUUCUUUCAUAUAUGCGUCCGGGCAUCGUUUAUAAGUAUUUGGGCAGCAAAGGCGCACCGCCGUUCGUGCUGUUCACCAUGUUAGUUAACGUCGACGGAAAGGACUUUACAGCUAAUGGAACAUCGAAAAAGAUCGCCCGUCGCAAUUUGGCCGCCCAAGUCUGCGACAAACUUUUCGGAACCGAUUUCCGUAUUGAGGAUAUGGAAAUAUAAACUUUGGCUUCCCAAAAAAGACAUCUUUCAACACACUUUACAAUGCAAAAGGCUGUUAUACAAUCAAACUUAACACGAUUUAGCACUUGUUUAAACAAAAAACGGCAUUUAGCCGUAUCCAGAAAUACACUUCAUAAACUGUGUUCCUAAGUCGAUAGAAAGGACUUUUGAUGCCUGUGGAACUUCGAAAACGAUCGCUCGGACGCAAUUUGGGCGCCCAAGUAUGCGACAAGCUUCUCGGAACCAACUCCAGCAACAUAUUUUACACUACAAAAGACUUGCUUUUAUGCAAUUAAACCUAACAAAAUUUAAGCCUGGUUCAAAUGAAAUACUCCAUGAAGCCAAAAAGCCCAAAUUCUGUUCGAUUUUAAAAGCAUAAAUAUGCUGUAAAAAUGUAAAAUCCAGAAACACACUUAAUAAACCUAAAAAAAAUUACAUUUUUUGUCAAACAAAA